AUGGGGAUGCUGGAGCUUAAGACGAAAUUCAAGUUGACCUCAAUGGACAAUAGCACAGAAGCCACAGAGUUCAUCCUUUUGGGAUUAACAGAUGACCCUAAUCUUCAGGUCCUCCUCCUCCUGGUAUUUUUGUUCAUCUACCUCAUUACUCUGGUUGGGAAUGCGGGGAUGAUGGUGAUCAUCCACUGAGACCCCCACCUCCACUCAAUGUAUUUCUUCCUCGGUAACCUCUCCUUCGUAGACCUGGGUUACUAUUCAGCAGUAGCGCCUAAGACGGUGGUCACCCUGCAGUCAGGGAGCAAAGUCAUCUCCUGCAAUGACUGUGCUGCCCAGUUCUUCUUCUUUGUGGGUUUUGCCACUGUUGAGUGCUACCUUCUGGCCUGCAUGGCCUAUGACCGCCAUGCAGCCGUAUGCCGGCCUCUUCAUUACACCACCACCAUGACAGCAGGUGCGUGCACCCUCCUGACUGUUUGCUCCUAUGUCUGUGGCUUCCUCAAUGCUUCCAUUCACACAGCAAACACGUUUAGACUUUCAUUCUGUGCUUCUCAUGAGAUUAAUCAUUUUUUCUGUGACAUUCCUCCACUCUUGGCUCUCUCGUGUUCCAACACACGCAUCAGGAACUUGGCUGUCUUCUGUGUCGUGGGCUUCAACGUCCUUUUCACCCUCCUGGUCAUCCUCAUCUCUUACCUCUUCAUAUACAUCGCCAUUCAAAGGAUGCAUUCUGCUGAAGGACGGAAGAAAGCCUUCUCCACCUGUGCCUCCCACCUCACUGUCGUAACCAUCUUCUAUGGAACUAUCAUCUUCAUGUACCUACAGCCCAGCUCCAGCCAGCCCAUGGACAUGGACAAAAUCGCUUCUGUGUUUUACUUGGUGGUGAUUCCCAUGCUGAAUCCCUUGAUCUACAGCCUUAGGAACAAAGAAGUAAAAAAUGCUCUCUGGAAAGUACUCAACAAACUUUAUCCCAAGUCUGUGUGA